AUGGUUCCUCCAGUCUGGACUCUGCUGCUGCUGGUGGGGGCUGCCCAUCUCAGGAGAGAGAAGCCUCCGGACAAGAAGCUGGUUGUUCGCAGCUCUAGGGACAACUACGUCCUCACCCAGUGUGAUUUUGAGGAUGACGCCAAACCCCUCUGUGACUGGUCCCAAGUGUCCGCAGAUGAUGGAGACUGGGUUCGAGCCAGCGGGCCCUCUCCCACCGGCACCACCGGGCCUCCCGGGGGGUACCCCAAUGGAGAGGGCAGCUAUCUGCAUAUGGAAUCCAACAACUUCCACCGUGGGGGUGUGGCCCGCCUGCGCAGCCCCAACCUAUGGGAGCAAGGCCCGCUCUGCGUGAACUUCGCCUACCACAUGUUUGGGCUGUCUUGGGGCGCCCAGCUCAGGCUGCUGCUGCUCUCGGGUGAAGAGGGCCGCCGCCCCCACGUGCUCUGGAAACACCGGAACACCCAGAGACCCUCCUGGACGCCCACCACUGUCACUGUGCCCGCAGGGUUCACCCUGCCCACCCAGCUGAUGUUUGAGGGAACACGGGGUAGCACUGCCUACCUGGACAUUGCCCUAGAUGCCCUCUCUAUUCGCCGGGGCUCCUGCAAUCGCGUCUGUAUGAUGCAAACAUGCAGCUUUGACAUUCCAAAUGACCUCUGUGACUGGACCUGGAUCCCAACUGCCUCCGGGGCCAAGUGGACUCAGAAGAAAGGGUCGUCGGGAAAGCCAGGCGUGGGGCCUGAUGGCGACUUCUCUAGCCCUGGUAGUGGCCACUACAUGCUCCUGGACCCCAAGAAUGCAAGACCCGGGCAGAAAGCCGUCCUUCUGAGUCCCGUGAGCCCGUCCUCCGGCUGUCUGAGCUUUUCCUUCCACUACGUCCUCCGGGGCCAGUCUCCUGGUGCAGCCCUCCACGUUUAUGCUUCCGUCUUGGGGAGCAUCCGGAAACACACUCUCUUCUCAGGACAACCUGGGCCCAACUGGCAGGCUGUUUCUGUCAAUUAUACAGCCGUGGGACGGAUACAGUUCACCAUGGUGGGCGUUUUUGGAAAGACCCCAGAGCCAGCUGUGGCAGUCGAUGCAACCAGCAUUGCUCCUUGUGGGGAGGGUUUUCCUCAGUGUGACUUUGAAGACAACGCCCAUCCCUUCUGUGACUGGGUCCAGACUUCCGGGGAUGGUGGACACUGGGCCGUCGGACAUAAAAAUGGACCCGUCCACGGCAUGGGCCCCGUGGGAGGUUUCCCUAAUGCAGGGGGUCACUAUAUCUACCUUGAGGCUGACAAGUUCUCCCAGGCAGGGCAGUCGGCCAGACUGGUGAGCCGGCCCUUCUGUGCCCCGGGUGACAUCUGCGUGGAGUUCGCGUACCACAUGUAUGGCCUUGGGGAGGGUACUAUGCUCGAACUCCUCCUGGGAAGCCCUGCGGGGAGCCCUCUGAUUCCUCUCUGGAAACGCCUGGGGUCUCAGCGCCCUUACUGGCAGAACGCCUCCGUCACCAUCCCCUCAGGACACCAACAGCCCAUGCAGCUGAUUUUCAAGGCCAUCCGGGGCAGCAACAUGGCCUUUGUGGUUGCUAUGGGUUUCAUCUUGAUCAAUCCUGGGACUUGUCCAGUAAAAAUGCUACCAGAGCUUCCUCCCAUAUCUCCAGUUUCUUCCACUGGCCCUUCUGAAACCACCGGCCUCACAGAAAACCCUACAGUUUCCAUAGAAAAACCCACCGUCACCACAGAAAAGCCCACAGUCCCCAAAGAAAAGCCCACCAUUCCUGCAGAAAAACCCACCAUUCCCAUAGAAAAACCCACCAUCCCUACCGAAGAGCCCUCUUUCCCCACAGAAAAACCCACCAUCCUCACAGAAGAGCCCACCAUUCCCACAGAAAAACCCACCACUCCCUCAGAAAAACCCACCAUCCCUACCGAAGAGCCCUCUUUCCCCACAGAAAAGCCCACCAUCCCCACAGAAGAGCCCACCAUUCCCACAGAAAAACCCACCAUUUCCACAGAAAAGCCCACCGUCCCCGCAGAAGAGCCCACUACCACCACUGAGGAGACCACCAUCUCCACAGAAGACGCUGCCAUCCCCACAGAAAAACCCACUGUCCCCAUGGAAAAACCCACUAUCCCCACUGAAGAAACCACCACCUCCAUUGAAGAGACUACCAUCUCCGUAGAAAAACCCACCAUCCCCACGGAAAAAACCACUAUCCCCAUGGGAAAACCCACCAUCCCCACAGAAAAACCCACUAUCUCCACUGAAGAAACCACCACCUCCAUUGAAGAGACUACCAUCUCCAUAGAAAAAUCCACCAUCCCCACAGAAAAACCCACUAUCCCCACGGAAAAACCCACCAUCCCCACGGAAAAACCCACCAUCUCCAUUGAAGAGACUACCAUCUCCACAGAAAAACUCACCAUCUCCACAGAAAAACUCACCAUCUCCACAGAAAAACCCACCAUCCCCACGGAAAAAUCCACCAUCCCCACAGAAAAACCCACCAUCCGCACGGAAAAACCCACCAUUUCCACAGAAAAACCCACCAUCUCCACAGAAAAACCCACCAUCCCCAUUGAAGAGACUAUCAUCUCCACAGAAAAACCCACCAUCCCCACAGAAAAACCCACCAUCCCCACGGAAAAACCCACCAUCUCCACAGAAAAACCCACCAUCCCCACGGAAAAACCCACCAUCUCCACAGAAAAACCCACCAUCCCCAUGGAAAAACCCACCAUCUCCACAGAAAAACCCACCAUCCCCACGGAAAAACCCACCAUCUCCACAGAAAAACCCACCAUCCCCACAGAAAAACCCAUCUCCACAGAAAAACCCACCAUCCCCACAGAAAAACCCACCAUCCCCACGGAAAAACCCACCAUCCCCAUGGAAAAACCCACCAUCUCCGUGGAAAAACCCACCACCCCCACAGAAAAACCCACCAUUCCCACGGAAAAGCCCACCAUCCCCACGGAGAAACCCACCACCCCCACAGAAAAACCCACCAUUCCCACGGAAAAGCCCACUAUCCCCACGGAGAAACCCACCAUCCCCACAGAAAAAACCACCAUCUCCCCAGAAAAACCCACCAUCCCCACGGAAAAACCCGCCAUCCCCACAGAGAAGCUCACAGCCCUGAGGCCACCCCAUCCCAGUCCCACAGCCACUGGGCUGGCAGCCUUGGUGAUGUCUCCACAUGCUCCAAGUGCCGCUAUGACCAGUGUGAUCCUGAGCACUAACACAACCCCCAGACCCAAUACAGAGCGCUGCCCCCCAAAUGCACACUAUGAAUCCUGUGCUUGUCCUGCUUCGUGCAAGAGUCCCAGGCCUAGCUGUGGGCCGCUCUGUCGGGGGGGCUGUGUCUGCAACCUUGGCUUUUUGUUUAGUGACAACCACUGCAUCCAGGCCUCUUCCUGCAAUUGCUUCUACAACAACAACUACUAUGAGAGUGGUCAGCCCAACUGCACAUGGAACUGUUGCCGGCUGUUGUGCCAUCCGUUGGAUGUGGACUUGAUCGCCAGGACUCUCCAAUCCCUCGAUCUCGAGCAUCAGGAACGGGCGCUGCCGACCAGGCAGCGGGCGGCCGUGUUGGGGUCCAGCCUGGAGGCUUUGGACCACAGAAGGCAGGCUUCGCUGUUUCUGUAUCCCCUCCCAGCCGUCAACCCAUUCUUCAGGGUGACAGCCAAGAAUGAGGAGCAGGGACAGGAAGGUGUGUCCUGCCUAAGCAAAGUCUACGUGACCCUUCCCGAGACCACCGUCACCCUGCUUAAGGGCAGACGUACUCUGGUUGAGGGUCAGCGAGUUACUCUCCCAGCCAUACCCUCUAAAGGCGUCUUCCUGGGUGCAAGCGGGCGAUUUGUGGAGUUGCAGACGGAGUUCGGUUUGCGGGUGAGAUGGGAUGGUGACCAGCAGCUGUAUGUGACUGUGUCCAGCACCUACUCUGGCAAACUCUGUGGUUUGUGUGGAAACUAUGACGGCAACAGUGACAAUGACCAUCUGAAGUCGGACGGCAGUCCAGCAGGAGACAAGGAGGAGCUGGGGAACAGCUGGCAGACGGACCAGGACGAGGACCAGGAGUGUCAGAAGCACCAGGUGGUGAAUCCCCCGUCUUGUGAUUCAUCUCUGCAGAGCAACAUGUCGGGGCCAGGAUUCUGUGGACGGCUGGUUGACACCCGUGGCCCGUUUGAGACAUGCCUGCUGCAUGUGAAGGCCACUUCCUUCUUCGACAGCUGCAUGCUUGAUAUGUGCAGAUUCCAGGGACUGCAGCACCUGCUGUGCACACACAUGUCCACCAUGACCACCACCUGCCAGGACGCAGGCCAUGCUGUGAAGCCCUGGAGGGAACCCCAGUUCUGCCCAAUGGCUUGCCCGCCCAAUAGCAAGUACUCCCCGUGUGCCAAGCCAUGCCCUGACACCUGCCAUUCAGGAUUCACCGGCAUGUUCUGCUCAGACCGGUGCGUGGAGGCCUGUGAAUGCAAUCCAGGCUUCGUCCUCAGUGGCCUCGAGUGCGUACCUCGCUCCCAAUGUGGGUGCCUCCACCCUGCAGGCAGCUACUUCAAGGUAGGGGAGCGGUGGUACAAGCCGGGCUGCAAAGAGCUGUGCGUCUGUGAAAGCAACAACAGAAUUCGCUGCCAGCCCUGGAGGUGUAGGGCCCAGGAGUUCUGUGGCCUGCAGGAUGGUAUCUAUGGCUGCCAUGCCCAAGGUGCCGCCACCUGCACGGCCUCGGGCGAUCCCCACUACCUGACCUUCGAUGGCGCCUUGCACCACUUCAUGGGCACCUGCACCUAUGUCCUGACCCGGCCUUGCUGGUCCAGGGCCCAAGACAGCUAUUUUGUUGUGAGCGCCACCAAUGAGAACCGCGGGGGGAACCUGGAGGUCUCCUACAUCAAAGCUGUCCACGUGACGGUCUUUGACCUCAGCAUCUCACUGCUCAGAGGCUGUAAGGUCAUGCUGAAUGGCCAUCGGGUGGCCCUACCUGUGUGGCCUGCACAAGGCCGGGUGACCAUAAGGCUCAGCAGCAACUUUGUCCUCCUCUACACGAACUUUGGGCUCCAAGUUCGCUACGACGGGAGCCACUUGGUGGAAGUGACAGUCCCCUCCUCCUAUGGCGGCCAGCUCUGCGGGCUGUGCGGGAACUACAACAACAACAGCUUGGACGACAACCAGCGCCCCGACAGAAAGCCUGCGGGCGAUUCCGUGCAGCUGGGGGCAGCCUGGAAGUUACCUGAAUCCUCUGAACCUGGCUGUUUCCUUGUGGGUGGCAAGCCCUCCAGCUGCCAGGAGAACAGCAUGGCAGACGCCUGGAACAAGAACUGUGCAAUCUUAAUAAACCCUCAGGGACCCUUCUCUCAAUGUCACCAGGUGGUGCCUCCCCAGUCCAGCUUUGCCAGUUGCGUGCAUGGCCAGUGUGGGACCAAGGGCGACACCACGGCCCUGUGCCGCUCCCUGCAGGCUUACGCGUCCCUGUGUGCCCGGGCUGGCCAGGCUCCUGCCUGGCGGAACAGAACUUUCUGCCCUAUGAGGUGCCCACCUGGCAGCAGCUAUAGCCCCUGUGGCAGCCCCUGCCCAGCCACCUGCAGCAGCCUAAACGACCCGAGGGACUGCCCCAAAGCACUGCCCUGUGCUGAGAGCUGCGAAUGUCAGAAAGGCUACAUCUUGAGUGGAACCUCCUGCGUGCCCCUUGGCCAGUGUGGCUGCACCGAGCCAGCGGGCUCCUACCAUCCGGUCGGUGAGCGCUGGUACACAGAGGACACCUGCACCAGGCUCUGCACCUGCUCCAUCCACAACAACAUCACCUGCUUCCAAAGCACCUGUAAACCCAACCAGAUGUGCUGGGCCCUGGAUGGGCUACUCCGUUGUCGGGCCUCAGGUAUGGGAGUGUGUCAGCUCCCAGAGGAGUCCCACUACGUGAGCUUUGAUGGUAGCAACCAUUCUAUCCGGGACACCUGCACUCACGUCUUGGUGAAAGUGUGCCACCCCGCCAUGGCCUUGCCAUUCUUCAAGAUCAGUGCCAAGCAUGAGAAGGAGGAAGGUGGAACUGAGGCUUUCCGCCUUCAUGAGGUCUACAUUGACAUCUACGACGCCCAGGUCACCCUGCAGAAGGGCCACCGUGUGCUGAUCAACAGCAAAAAGGUCACCCUCCCCGCAAUCUCCCAGAUCCCCGGGGUCAGCGUCAAGUCCAGCAGCAUCUACACCAUUGUUAACAUCAAGAUCGGGGUGCAAGUCAAGUUUGAUGGGAAUCGUCUCUUAGAGAUUGAACUCCCCACAACCUACUAUGGAAAGGUCUGCGGCGUGUGCGGGAACUUUAAUGAUGAGGAAGAGGAUGAACUAAUGAUGCCCAGCGACGAACUAGCGCAUAGUGAUAGUGAAUUUGUGAACAGUUGGAAAGAUAAGGACAUUGACCCAAGUUGUCAGAGUCUCCCGGUAGAUGAGCAGCAGAUUCCAGCGGAACAGCAGGAGAACCCGAGUGGAAACUGCAGGGUGGCCGACCUCCGCAGGGCGCGGGAAAAGUGCGAGGCAGCGCUCCGGGCUCCUGUGUGGGCCCAGUGUGCCUCCCGCAUAGACCUCACGCCCUUCCUGGUAGGCUGUACGAACACCCUCUGUGAGUUUGGAGGUCUCCACCAGGCCCUCUGCCAGGCUCUGCAAGCCUUCGGGGCCACCUGCCAGAGCCAGGGCCUCAAGCCCCCACUCUGGAGAAACAGCAGCUUCUGCCCUCUGGAAUGCCCUGCCUACAGCAGCUACACCAACUGCCUUCCCUCCUGCUCACCCUCCUGCUGGGACCUGGAUGGCCAGUGUGAGGGCGCCAAAGUCCCCUCUGCCUGUGCUGAGGGCUGCAUUUGUCAGCCCGGCUAUGUGCUGAGUGAGGACAAGUGUGUCCCCAGAAGUCAGUGCAGCUGCAAGGAUGCCCAUGGUGGCUCCAUCCCUCUGGGCAAGAGCUGGGUCUCCCGUGGUUGCACGGAGAAGUGUGUCUGCACAGGAGGAGCCAUUCAGUGCGGGGACUUCCGAUGCCCCUCUGGGUCCCAUUGCCAGCUCAGUUCCGACAACAGCAACAGCAAUUGUGUCUCGGACAAGUCUGAACAAUGCUCAGUCUACGGGGACCCCCAUUACCUCACAUUUGACGGCUUCAGCUACCGCUUCCGGGGCCGCAUGACCUACGUUCUGAUCAAGACUGUGGAUGUACUGCCUGAGGGGGUGGAGCCCCUCCUUGUGGAGGGACGCAACAAGAUGGCUCCGCCCAGGAGCUCCACCUUCUUGCAAGAAGUGAUUACCACUGUCUAUGGCUAUAAAGUGCAGCUCCAAGCUGGUCUGGAGCUUGUGGUCAACAACCAGAAGAUGGCCGUCCCCUACAGGCCGAAUGAGCACCUGAGGGUCACCCUGCGGGGCCAACGGCUCUACCUGGUCACCGACUUUGAGCUGGUCAUCAGUUUCGGUGGAAGGAAAAAUGCAGUGAUCUCCCUACCCAGCAUGUACGAGGGGCUCGUGCGUGGCCUGUGUGGAAACUAUGACAAUAACCGCAAGAAUGACAUGAUGCUGCCCAGUGGCGCCCUGACCCGGAACCUCAACACCUUUGGCGACAGCUGGGAGGUGAAGACCGAGGGCGUCCUCCUCCGCUUCCCCAGGGCUAUACCAGUGGAGGAAAGACGAGGGGUGGAACUGGGCCUCCGCGUGUCCGAAUGUAGCCCGGAGCAGUUGGCGAGCAACAGCACCCAGGCCUGUAGGGUGCUGGCAGACCCCCAGGGCCCAUUUGCUGCCUGUCACCAGACAGUGGCCGCAGAGCCCUUCCAGGAGCACUGCGUGCUGGAUCUGUGCUCCACUCAGGACCCAAGAGAGCAAGAGGAGCUGCGCUGCCAGGUCCUCAGUGGCCAUGGAGUGUCCAGCAGGUACUAUGUAUCAGAGCUGUAUGACACCCUGCCCAGCGUCCUGUGCCAACCUGGCGGACCCCAGGGACUGCGAAGGCCCCUGCGUGGAAGGCUGUGCCAGCAUCCCAGGCUAUGCCUACAGCGGCACCCAGAGCCUCCGCUGGCUGACUGUGGCUGCACCAGCAAUGGCAUCUACUACCAGCUGGGCAGCAGCUUUGUGACUGAGGACUGCUCUCAGCGCUGCACCUGUGCCAGCUCACGGAUCCUGCUGUGCGAGCCAUUCAGCUGCAGAGAGGGGGAGGUCUGCACCCUGGGGAACCACACCCGAGGCUGCUUUCCAGAAAGCCCGUGUCUGCAGAACCCCUGUCAGAAUGACGGGCAGUGUCAGGAGCGGGGAGCCACCUUCACCUGCGACUGUGAGGUUGGUUAUGGGGGAGACCUCUGUACGGAGCCUCGAGAUGUGCCACCUCCCAGAAAGCCAGCAUCUAACCCGGUGGCCGUCCUACUGGGACUGCUGGUGCCUGUGGUGGUCGUAGUACUGGCUGUGACCAGAGAGUGCAUUUAUAGAAUGAGGAGGAAGAGAGAGAAAAUGCAGAGCCAGGAGCCAGACAGACUGGCCAGGCUGGUGGACACAGAUAUUGUUCUGGACUGUGCCAGUUAA